AUGAAGCUUCUCGUUGUAUUCGUUUUCGUUUUUUCGGUCUAUUUGGUCAAUGCUUUUGUUGGAUAUCCAUCUUCAAUGUCAGCGGAUCUCAAAGCUGCUGGAAUGAGUGAGAGUAAUGUCUAUGCAUUGGACAAGAUUUACAAGGACUUUCAAGAAAAAGCAGCGCAACUCGAGGCAAAGAAAAUAGGAGGAAUAAAAUAUCUCCAAAAAUACUAUGAUUACUUGUCUUUGAGAAAAACUAUGUUGAAGACGAUGCCAAAGAAAGAAAAAGAUAUUUUUGAGAAUUAUAUUGUAAAGUAUGAAAAUCGAUCUGGAUACUAA